CUCGUCCAUAUAAAGAAAACAACGCUUCGGGCAACAUAAUUUUAUAAAAAAAAAUAUAUAUAAAAUUAAAUUUAAACGUGUUAAAAAAAUGGUGUUUCUUUUUUAAGUUAAAACGCAAGCGCAAAAUAACUACGAAAAAUUCGUUGUGUCUAGAUAAUAAAGUUUGAUCAUUUGCUGCUGAAUACGUUUGUUGAAUAAAAAUUUAAUUUCGCUUUCUAACGCGCGCGCGGUUGCUGCUUUUGAUAACUUAUUAUUCGAACAAUUUUGUUAGUGGUGUAAAAUUUUUUUUCGGAAAGGCGCUUUAAAUUUAAAUACUAAUUGCAAAUAAUAAGAAAAAUAAAUACAAUUUUACAGAAAAAAAUAUAAAUUAUUAAAAAAAACCUGAAAUUUAAACAAAUAAAAUUUAUAAUUUAUUUGUAAUUUUUUUAAUGAAAGUGUAGAUUUCAGUGCAACACAAGUGUGAAUAAAUUAUUAAAAAUCAGUUGACCUUAACAACUCGCUUUAAUUGCCACAAAAGAAAUUUAUUUCAAAAUAACUUAUGCUUAAUGAAAAUGUUUAAUUGAAAAAAAAAUAAAAACUUUAACUAAAAAUGGAAAAUAAUCAUAAAUUAACAAUAAACACCAGCGGCUCUGAAAAUCAUCGUGGAUCAGUGUCGUCCACUAACUCUCUGGAAGUGCCAGCAACACCAACAAGAUCGCCCAAAAAAGUGUCAUUCUCAGAUGAUUUACCUUAUGCGACCAGUAGCAAUACGAUAACAACAAACACAAAUACUACUAAUGUCAGUAGUGCAACAACAAACACCUCUACUACAACUUCUAAUCAUAAUAAUGAUCAUAAUAAUGUAAAUAAUAAUCAUAAUAAAACUACCUCGGUUAUCAUGAAAAAUAAUACCUCAAAUAUCAAUAAUAAUAACAAUAAUGAUGAUAUGACAACUGAUCAUAAUUAUAAUCCCUUUGAUUUUAUGCUAACACAAGCUGCUCAAUAUUUGGAAAAACUUCACGGCAGUCACAACUGUGAGGAAUCUCUUAAACGAAACUCAAAUUCAAGUUUAAAUUCUCAAAAUAAAUUUACAAGUAGUUUAAAAAUUAAUCUAAAUCUUAACGGAAAUGAAACGUCCAAUGAGAAAAAAUCUCCUGAAAUAUUGCAUCUUACAAAGGAUCAAGUAGACACUUCAAUAAACUACAAUAACACACGAUCUCAAUCUCCCUAUACUAUCUCUAUACCAUCUACUCAAUUGACGUCUACACCAGAAUCAAAUUUAAAUUUAUCAUCUUCCUUAAUGGCCUCAACAAAUGAACCUCCCUAUAAACCACCAAGAACCGCUCUAUUAUUAACUGCUACUAGCAGUUCUAAUAAUCAUAAUUCAGCGACAAUUUCUUCAACAAUCUCAUCUCUACCAUCACUACACGCAACAACAACAACUACUACUACAACACCUUCUUCAAAUAUGCAUGAAAUCAGUGAAGAACAAGCCACUGCACAUGUCGGUAAAUAUAUAGAACGUUCAAGUAGUAAUUUAGAUAAGAACAAAUGUAGUUAUAUGGAACUAGAGGCGAGACGUGAUAAAAUUCGUUGGUCUUUAAUAUCUGAAUGCAGCGCCUCAUUGGGUGAGGGUAAACAUACGAGGGAGAAAUUUCACACCAUAUUUCUCGAAGAGGUGAGUGUUAUUGAUUUAAUUUUAAAAGGGGCUUUUUUCAAAGACUUGAAGUUAUAGUAUGGACUACAUUAU